ACACAUUCUUCCGGAUUCUGAUUUAUCAUGGUGAGGAUGGCGCGCACUAUGGAACCACUGGCGAAGAAGAUCUUUAAAGGAGUUUUAGUAGCUGAACUUAUGGGUGUUUUUGGAGCAUAUUUUUUGUUUAAUAAGAUGAACACAAGCCAAGAUUUUAGGCAAACAAUGAGUAAGAAAUUUCCUUUCAUCUUAGAAGUUUAUUACAAAUCCAUUGAACAGUCUGGAAUUUACGGAACCAGAGAGCAAGAUCAUGAAAAAUGGUUCAAUAGCAAAAAUUAGGAGUAAGUAAAAUGUUCUAUUUUACUUUAUUUAUUGAUGUGUGUGU